GGCUCCCCCCCUUCCCCUUCCUCCUUUCCUCGCCACUACUCCCGCUUCGCCGACGGAACACCCUUGUCGUCAGUCAGUUAGUCCGUCCCAGUCAUCCACUGACCUCCUACCCUUUUCCGUACUAAUACAUCGUCAUGCGCGAAGUUAUCUCCGUCCAUGUCGGCCAAGCCGGCGUGCAGAUGGGCAACGCGGCCUGGGAGCUGUACUGCCUGGAGCACGGCAUCAACCAGGACGGCACGAUGACCACAAUGAAGGUCAACGACUCAUUCUCGACGUUCUUCCAGGAGACAGGCACCGGCAGGCACGUCCCCAGAGCCAUAUUCGUGGACCUGGAGCCCACCGUCAUAGGAGAGGUCCGGCACGGUGCGUUCAAGCAGCUGUACCACCCCGACCAACUCAUCACGGGCAAGGAGGACGCCGCGAACAACUAUGCGAGGGGGCACUACACUGUGGGCAAGGAGAUCGUGGAGCUCGUCUUGGACCGGACGCGCAAGCUCGCCGACCAGUGCGAGGGGCUCCAGGGCUUCGUCAUCUUUCACUCGUUCGGCGGCGGGACGGGGUCCGGCUUUUCAUCCCUGCUCAUGGAGCGAUUGUCCGUGGACUACGGCAAGAAAAGCAAACUCCAGUUCUCCAUCUACCCGGCUCCACAGAUCUCCACGGCCAUGGUCGAGCCCUACAACACCGUGCUGGCGACGCACACAACCCUGGAGCAUGCGGACUGCACGUUUAUGGUAGACAACGAGGCCAGCUUUGAGCUCUGUCGCCGCAACCUGGGUGUGGAGCGACCCAACUACUCCAACCUGAACCGCCUCAUCUGCCAGGUGGUGUCGUCCAUCACUGCCUCGUUGCGUUUCGACGGCGCGCUCAACGUCGACCUCAACGAGUUUCAGACCAACUUGGUUCCUUAUCCGCGCAUCCACUUCCCGCUGGUCAGCUACGCGCCGAUCAUAAGCGCAGACAAGGCCAUUCACGAGCAGCUCUCGGUCGGCGAGCUCACCAACUCGUGCUUCGAGGCCACGAAUCAGAUGGUCAAGUGCGAUCCCCGCAUGGGGAAGUACAUGGCCUGUUGCCUGCUCUAUCGCGGGGACGUGGUGCCCAAGGAUGUGAACAACUCCAUCGCCGCCAUGAAGGCCAAGAAACACAUUAUGUUUGUGGACUGGUGUCCGACGGGCUUCAAGGUGGGCAUCAACUACGAGCCUCCGACGGUGAUCCCCGGCGGCGACCUGGCAAAGGUGUGCCGCGCCGCGUGCUUGCUGUCCAACACCACGGCCAUCGCGGAGGCGUGGUCUCGCGUCAACCACAAGUUCGACCUGAUGUAUGCGAAGCGUGCAUUUGUUCACUGGUACGUCGGCGAGGGCAUGGAGGAGGGAGAGUUCACAGAGGCGCGGGAGGACUUGGCCGCCCUUGAAAAGGACUACGAGGAGGUGGGCGCGGAUACGGCAGCCGACGAAUAUGACGAUGAAGAAUAUUGAUUUUUUAGUUGUAUUCUGUUUGAUUAUGUAAAGGCCUAAUAAAGGUUUUCGAAAUUCA